AUGAACCCGCACUACCACGGGUACGCGGAGCUCAGCUCGCCACACCCGCCUUCGCCGGAGGCAGCCUUUGCCGCCAAUGGACACGAUUAUCCCCACAACAAUAAUAACCCGGCACUAAAAGAAUGUGCAGGAUGCGGAGGCAAAAUUGUAGAAAGGUUCCUUCUUCACGCCCUCGACAGAUACUGGCAUCAUGGAUGUUUAAAAUGCACGUGUUGUGGUCAAGCUUUAGCGGACAUGGGCCGUUCGUUUUAUUUCAAAGGAGGAAUGAUAUUGUGCAAAAGCGACUACACAAGAAUGUUUGGCUCAAGCGGCGCGUGUGCAGCGUGCGGGCAGGCCAUCCCCGCGAGUGAGUUUGUGAUGCGGACAAACGCACCUCAGCAACCUCUCCACGUCUUCCACAUAAAGUGCUUCGCGUGCUCAAAAUGCGGCUCACACCUCAUGCAGGGCGAUAGGUACUACAUGCUCGCGGGGUCACUAGUUUGCGAACAAGAUUGGCAAAAGCUGAUGAAAAGUGCAAACGCGACGCCCGGUGCCCCCGUACGCAAGGGAAAAGUGGGUCGUAACAAAGAGCAGCUAUUACUUUGUGCGUACGACGACGGUCAAAGGCGCGAUGGUAAUUGGAAAACACCUGAAAAUGACAGCGCCUUUAUUGCGUGUAUGGUUGGUGUAAAAAUCAAGCUCGAGCGCAGGACCGCCCUCGCCACCGGCUCUCAAAGACUUGACCGUUCACCGGGCGCUUUG